GUCAGGAAACGAAAGGGCCGUGACCUGGUCGCCGCGGGCGCGGGUGAGGAGGGUCUCCGGAGCGAGCAGGACCAGUCUCUCCCCGACUCGCCACGCGCCACACGCCGCGCGCCGCUUCCUCAGCUCCCAGCGCCGGGGGUGCGUCCUCCCGGGAGCCGCUGCCCUUUUCCAACAUGGCGCCGCGGGAGGCGGGUCCCGCUCGUUGGCUCCCGGGGUUCCGGCGCCGCGCGUUUUGGUUCCGGAGUAACAGUGUCGCCGCCGCCUUCCUCCUCCUCCUCUUGCCGCUACCGCCGUCGCCGCCGCCGCUGCCGCCGCCGGUCCGCGCGGCCUCGGGUGGCCGGAGCUCAGCCUGCGCGCGCCGCGCCCUGUGUCUCCGGGUGGGGCAGAAGACUCGCCCCUUGACCCUCUCGUGGGGACUCUCCAUGGUGUGGCGGCCCUCGGGCUCUUUCUUAAUAGCCCCAGACUGAGUCCCUCCAGUCCAGGACCCUCUCCUAGUCCACUGACGAGCGGUGGACACCUGCCGCUGUAUCUCCUCCAAACCGAGUCCUUGCCCCGCCGCCUCCUCACACCCACACGGCGGCAGAGAUCUUCACCAUAGCGUUCGCUCAACUCCAGAACCUUCCGACCUCAGCUAGUUCCUGCGGGCCUCUGCCCGCUUCCCGGUGCACCCUCCCCGGGAGACACCUCAGACCCCCGACAGUCUGGGCAGGCUCGGUGCCUGCGGGUGCGUUCCUGAUCACCCCUCCCCUCUUCUCACCCCCUCAUCCACCAGUCCCUUGUUUUCACCCUCUGUCCUCUGCCCCUCACUCCCCUUGUCACCUCUUGGAGCUCCUUCCUAACCAGCGGCCAGUGGGUAUCCCCUACCCAAGGAUGUGAGCCUCUUUAACCUGUAAUGCUGUGGCUAGCCCUUGGCCCUUUUCCUGCCAUGGAGAACCAGGUGCUGGUAAUUCGCAUCAAGAUCCCAAAUAGUGGCGCGGUGGACUGGACAGUGCACUCUGGGCCGCAGUUACUCUUCAGGGAUGUACUGGAUGUGAUAGGCCAGGUUCUGCCUGAAGCAACAACUACAGCAUUUGAAUAUGAAGAUGAAGAUGGUGAUCGAAUUACAGUGAGAAGUGAUGAGGAAAUGAAGGCAAUGCUGUCAUAUUAUUAUUCCACAGUAAUGGAACAGCAAGUAAAUGGACAGUUAAUAGAGCCUCUGCAGAUAUUUCCAAGAGCCUGCAAGCCUCCUGGGGAACGGAACAUACAUGGCCUGAAGGUGAAUACUCGGGCCGGACCCUCUCAACACAGCAGCCCAGCAGUCUCAGAUUCACUUCCUAGCAAUAGCUUAAAGAAGUCUUCUGCUGAACUGAAAAAAAUAUUAGCCAAUGGCCAGAUGAAUGAACAAGACAUACGGUAUCGGGACACUCUUGGUCAUGGCAACGGAGGCACAGUCUACAAAGCAUAUCAUGUCCCAAGUGGGAAAAUAUUAGCUGUAAAGGUCAUACUACUAGAUAUUACACUGGAACUUCAGAAGCAAAUUAUGUCUGAAUUGGAAAUUCUUUAUAAGUGUGAUUCAUCAUAUAUCAUUGGAUUUUAUGGAGCAUUUUUUGUAGAAAAUAGGAUUUCAAUAUGUACAGAAUUCAUGGAUGGGGGAUCUUUGGAUGUAUAUAGGAAAAUGCCAGAACACGUCCUUGGAAGAAUUGCAGUAGCAGUUGUUAAAGGCCUUACUUAUUUGUGGAGUUUAAAGAUUUUACAUAGAGAUGUGAAGCCCUCCAAUAUGCUAGUAAACACAAGAGGACAGGUCAAGCUGUGUGAUUUUGGAGUUAGCACUCAGCUGGUGAAUUCUAUAGCCAAGACGUAUGUUGGAACAAAUGCUUAUAUGGCGCCUGAAAGGAUUUCAGGGGAGCAGUAUGGAAUUCAUUCUGAUGUCUGGAGCUUAGGAAUCUCUUUUAUGGAGGUGAGGAUUCAAGGAUCAAAACUUGCUCUUGGGAGGUUUCCAUAUCCUCAGAUUCAGAAAAACCAGGGAUCUUUAAUGCCUCUCCAGCUUCUGCAGUGCAUUGUUGAUGAGGAUUCGCCCGUCCUUCCAGUUGGAGAGUUCUCGGAGCCGUUUGUACAUUUCAUCACUCAGUGUAUGCGAAAACAGCCAAAAGAAAGGCCAGCACCUGAAGAAUUGAUGCCUGAUGGGACUGCAAGAGCUUGCCUGCACCUGAAUUCCUCUGCCUGGGAGGGAUGUACGUUUCACCCAAGCCCAGAGGAGGGACCAGCCACAGGGUGGUCUGCAAGAGCUUCUCUGCAAGAAGCUUCAAGGGCCACCCGUUCAUCGUGCAGUUCAAUGACGGAAACGCCGCUGUGGUGUCCAUGUGGGUGUGCCGGGCCCUGGAGGAGAGGCGGAGCCAGCAGGGGCCCCCGUGAGGAGAACAACCCACCUGUCGCCCCUCUCCGUACGCUGCCUGCGCAAGAAGAGCUUUGCUGGGCCCUGGCUUCCCUGCCUUUGCCUUCACCCCUGCCAGCAGGUGGCCUUGCCUGGGGAGCCCCACGUGUGGCCCGCCCCACCAGGCCAUCCCCAUAUCUUCUGGUCUGAAGGCGCUGACGCUGGCAAGGGAAGUAAAGGGUGGGGCAUUGAGAAUGGAGGCUCCUAGGGUCCCUGCCCACUUCUGUUUUCCUAACGUUUUUCUCUGUAAAGGGUCAGGUCCAUCAGCAUCACUGAUGGGAAUAAAAGUAUUACUGCUUUGUGACAA